AUGGCAGAUCUUAAUCUCCAAGAAAUCCACGACCUGCUGGUCAGCGUCGCCCACGAAGCAGGAAGGAUGAUGCUGGGCGCGACACCCUCGUACCUCUCAUCGGGCACGAAGAAGAAUUCCGCCGACCUGGUCACUGAGACGGAUCAAGCCGUCGAAAAGAUGGUGUCGACCCGCCUUCUCACGUCCUACCCUUCCUUCCAAUUUAUCGGCGAGGAAACAUACUACCCGGGUCAAAAGCUCACCGCGGAGCCCACCUUCAUCGUCGAUCCUAUUGACGGCACAACGAACUUUGUCCACGCCUUCCCCGCAUUCUGCAUAUCGCUCGGCUUCACCGUCAAUAAAACCCCUACAAUUGGCGUCGUCUACAAUGCGUAUCUCGACGAGCUAUAUACAGCAAUCAAAGGACAAGGCGCGUUCUUGGUCCGGAAUGGAGGGGCUAAGCAGAAGCUCCCGCUGAAGCAGGAUCCUGAGCCGUUGAAGGAUCUAAGUACGUGCUUGGUUGGAGCAGAAUGGGGCAGUGACCGGACGGGCAACAAUUUUGCGCUGAAGUGCAAGGUAUUUGCGAAGCUGACGGCGUCAAAGGAGGAGGGUGGCGCCAUGGUUCACUCCAUCCGCUGUAUCGGCUCUGCAGCAUUGAAUCUGGUAGCUGUGGCUAGCGGACAGCAGGACGUAUUUUGGGAGGGGGGGUGCUGGGCCUGGGAUGUGGCGGCUGGAUGGUGUAUACUUGUGGAGGCCGGGGGUAUCAUGGUUGGUGGAAAUCCGGGAGAUUGGGAAGUGGAGGUCGAGGGGAGGAAAUAUCUCGCUAUCCGAGGGGCGCCGAGCGGGCAGAGGGACAUAGUCGAGGAGAUCUGGGGGGUCAUUGGGGACGGCAGAUUGGAGUAUGAGAGUUAG